AUGAAGGCAAUAAAAAAGUUCAGUAACGAUGCAUUGAAACAAGGCGGAAUUACGUCUGUUUGGUUAUUUAGUCGUUUGCAAGUUGUCAUAGCGGAUCCGAUUUUAGCCGAAGUUGUUCUAAAGAAUUGUUUAGAGAAAGACGAUUUAUUGGACAUUCUAAAAAUAUUUACUGGCGGCGGCAGUAUAUUUGCUCCAGUAAAAAUAUGGAGAUCUCGUCGAAGGAAAAUAGUAAGGGUGUUCAAUGUGAGGAAUUUAAAAGAAUUUGUAAAGAUAAUUGGUCGGCAGAGCGAUGUCAUGGUGAAUCAACUGCGGUCGCUCACUAGUUCAGGAUCUAUCUCAAUUGUGAAGUAUUUAAAGAAGGCCUCGUUAUGUACAGUAUACGAUUUAGUAGAAAAAAAUCCAACUGUUGUGGAUAUACUUAUGAAACCAAACUAUGCUGGGAUGUUGAGCGACGUUGAACUUUGCGAAGAGAUCCUUGUUAUGAUUUUCGCUGGCACUGAAACUAUGAGUAUUGCUCUAUCACUCGUAUGUGUGAUGCUAUCGAAAUAUCCAGAUGAACAGGAGCAAGUAUAUCAGGAAAUAAAAGAAGUUUUCGGUGAUACAAACAAACAACCCACAACAGUUGAUUUGCAACGUCUUAAAUAUUUAGAGGCAGUAAUAAAAGAGACAUUGCGAUUAUACCCACCAGGACCAAUUAUCAUGAGGAAAACCGACAAGGAUAUAAUUUUACCAUCGGGAAUCAAACUCGUAAAAGGCUGCGGUGUCGUUAUCAGCGCUUGGGGAAUUCACAGAAAUCCAGAUUAUUGGGGUUCAGAUGUGGAAAAAUUCAGACCGGACAGGUUCCUUGAUAAACCACCUACACAUCCGGCGUCAUACCUGCCUUUUAGUUAUGGACCCAGAAAUUGUGUUGGGCAACAGUACUCACUAUUAUCAAUGAAGACGACUUUAUCAACACUUUUACGGUAUUACCGUAUAUUGCCAGAGGGCGCUCGUGUAUCGGAAUCCCAAAACGCUGUGAAGGACGAGCAACAAUUACGUGUUAAAUACAAUGUUAUAUUGAAUCAUGUUGACAACUAUGUUGUCGAAUUAGUAGCUCGGUAAUAAUUCUCUAAUAGGUUACUAGAAUAAUUAUUAAAAGAACAAGCAAUCUAUCCUGGUUCGCGUAUGGGUAGAUAGUA